AUGAGAAGGAAGCUAAGAAAUGGAAAGGGGGCCCGCGCUGGGAUAUGCCCAGGCGCGGGCGAAAUCGCUGGAGCGCUGAGGCAGUCGCGCGCGGCUAAGUCCCCACUGCAAGGGCGGGCUAGCGGCGCGCGCCCGAAAACCGCCGGCGCCGGCGCGCUGAGGCACUCGCGCGCGCCUAAGUCCCCACCACAGGGGCCAGGCUAGCAGGCGCGCGCAACGACCGAGGCGCCCCUGUCGAGCUGAGAGUGGACUCUUCACAAUGGCUUCAUGACCGGUUCGCGUCUGCUGUCGAGCAGGACACCCACUGGCGGCUCAUGUACGACGUGACGCCGACGCGCAAGAGGCAGCAUACUCAGGGUCAUGCCUCUUCGCCGACGUGUCUGUUCUGUGGCAACGAUGCAGCGGUCAUCGAGACGGUGUCCCACUACUUUUUCGAGUGCGCGUACUCGACCAGCUUCUGGGGUGGGGUGCUACGCAUUCUGCUUGACAAGCUCGGCAUCGAGGAUACCGACGUCGAUCCGUCGACGUUCACUCCGGAGCAGCUGACUAUGGGGCUCCCCCUUUUGCGGGGUCGUGGGAGAACGACCUCGAAAUGGAUGUGGGUUCGGCUGGCCUGCGCGAUCGGUUUCCAGCGGCUGCACCUGCUCCGCUGGCGCGUUCAUCAGCGGUUCGAGCUGGACAACGUCGUGGCCCCUCCCUCGCUUCCCAGUGCGCUCAGAGCGUUCGAGCGAGAUUUUCUCUCUCGAGCGGGUUUUGUGCCUGGGGUUCGAGAUUGGGAGGUGUGAUGACCGAGUUAAGUCCUUCCUUCCCAUUUUCCUCCCCUCCUUUCCUCCCUUCCUUUUCGGUCAGAAGCUGACUGUCUUGAAACUUGUUGCGCAGUGGAAGGCUGCGCACCUCUCCCUCUCUCUACUUUGCGCAGUAGCGAUUUUCGUUCUUGGAUGGAUCGGCAAGCCGGGUCGAUCGUCGUUGCGUUGGAGGCUUUGUGAAGUUCUCCCCCCUCUUUCCCCCCCCUUUUUUUUUCCCUUCCCUUCCUCUUCUCUUUCCUGUUGCUCGGUUGUUGACUACGCUUCAGCCACUUCUCCUUUUAUUCCUAAGCCGUGUGUUGGAUUCCGUCGAAUACAUCGUUCGUUCGCGUUGGUCAAGAUCUACGGCAUGGAUCGGGAAGAAAGGUCGCUCGUUUUUUUGGUCAAUAUCCUCGCGUCAAGGCGAGGCUUGUUUCGUUGUAUUGGAUCGUUUUCGCUCGGCCCCGACGGCUCAACAGCCAGCACUCGAGACUCAGCCAAGGGAGGACAUCAGGCGCUGUCAGGGUGACGAGUAG